GCUCUGAUCGAUGUUACAGAUAACAAAAGGAGACGCUGGAAAUAGCCAGGAUUGAAAGAAUAGGUCGAAUAUCAGUCUCAGAUUUUUUUCAUGGUUUCUGAGGAUACAGUAUAAUACAUUUUUGUAUUGGAUUUAUUCUUUGUUGGCUAUGGCACUGGAAGGAUUCCUUAAACCUAAAUGCGUAAAAUGGCGUUUGUGUUGUGGACUGCGGUGGCAAGUACUUAUUUUUCUCCUGUAUUUCAGUCAUGUUGUCAGUGGCCAAAUCCGUUAUUCCAUUCCGGAGGAGAUGAAGACAGGCUCUCUUAUCGGUAACUUGGCUCAAGACCUGGGGUUAGAUUUGAAACGGCUCCGGGUGGGCCGGGCCCGUAUCGUGACCGGAGAAAGCAUUCAGUACACAGAGCUGAAGACGGACAAAGGGAUUCUAGUCGUGAGUGAGAGAAUAGACCGAGAGCAGCUUUGUGGCGACGUCACGCCGUGUAGCUUCAGCUUCGAAAUCAUUAUAGAAAAUCCAAUGGAGCUCCAUCACAUAACUAUAGAAGUCUUAGAUGUUAACGAUCAUCCUCCGAUAUUUAAGAAAACGGAUGUUAAAUUGGAAAUAAGCGAGUCUGCUAUCCUCGGUGCGCGCUUUGUGCUAGAAAAUGCAGAAGAUCCUGAUGUGGGAGUUCACAGUCUACAAAAUUAUAUUUUAACCCCGAAUGAUAACUUUGCCCUCAAGCAACAUGCGAAUCCAGACGGUAGUAAAUACGCUGAAAUGAUUAUUCAGAAACAAUUAGAUAGAGAGGAGCAUCCUCGUCUCUCUUUAAAGCUAAUCGCUGUAGACGGUGGGAAUCCGCAGAGAUCUGGCACAGUAAAUAUCGAGAUCACUGUCCUGGAUGUAAAUGACAACGCACCUGUGUUUAACCAGUCAGUGUACAGGGCUACUGUGAUGGAAAACGCACCGAAAGGAACCUAUAUUACAAAUGUAAACGCGUCUGAUGCAGACAGUGGUUCUAAUGGUUAUAUAACAUAUUCGCUGUCUAACCUGAAGGGAAAUCUGGCAGAUAUGUUGACUAUAAAUGAAAACACUGGGAUACUGUCAGUUGCAGGCCUGAUAGAUUAUGAAAAAGACAAAAAAUAUGAAUUACGGAUUGAAGCUAAAGAUCAGGGAGGUUUAACAGAUUCGAGUAAAGUUAUUGUUGAGGUCAUUGACGUUAACGACAAUGCACCUGUCAUUAGUGUGAUGUCAUUCACUAGUCCAAUAUCUGAAGACUCUCCUCCCGGUACAACCAUUGGUAUUAUCAACGUUAAAGAUGUCGAUUCAGGUGAAAAUGGACAGGUUAGCUGUAACCUGGACCAAAACAUUCCGUUCAAGAUCAAAUCAAAUUUAAGAAAUUACUACACCUUGGUAACAGACGCUGUUUUAGACCGUGAGAGCGUGUUAGAAUAUAAUAUCACUGUAGUCGCCACGGACGCUGGGUCGCCUCCUCUCUCGAGUAGGAGAACCUUUCACCUGAAGGUGUCUGAUGUCAAUGACAACGCCCCAUUGUUUCCACAGGUAGUGUACAACUCCUUUGUCGCAGAGAAUAACUCUCCAGGCGUCUCUAUUUUUACUGUUACAGCUAAAGACACUGAUUCCAAUCAAAAUGCCCGUAUUUCCUAUAUUCUAGAGGAUGGUGAUGUCAGCGGGACUCCUAUGUCUGCUUAUGUUUCCGUAAACGCAGAGAGCGGGGUCAUAAACGCAUUGCGCUCCUUUGAUUAUGAACAAAUUAAACAACUGAUACUCGUGGUUAAGGCGCAAGAUGGCGGCUCUCCUCCACUCAGUAGCAAUGUGAGUAUCAACAUCUUUAUCCAAGAUCAGAACGACAACGCGCCUCAGGUUCUAUAUCCAGUCCAGACUAGCCACUCUCUGGUGGCUGAAAUGGUGCCUCGUUCAGCAGAUGUGGGCUAUCUUGUGACUAAAGUGGUGGCUGUUGAUGUGGACUCUGGACAGAAUGCCUGGCUCUCGUAUAAACUGCAGAAAGCGACAGACAGAGCGCUGUUUGAAGUGGGUUUACAGAAUGGAGAAAUAAGAACUAUACGCCAAGUCAAUGAUAAAGAUGUUGUGAAACAAAGGCUCACUGUUGUAGUGGAGGACAAUGGGCAGCCCUCUCGUUCAGCUACAGUCAAUGUUAACGUGGCGGUGGCGGACAGCUUCCCUGAAGUGCUCUCGGAGUUCACUGACUUUACGCACGACAAGGAAUACAAUGACCACCUGACUUUUUACUUAGUCUUGGCUUUGGCUGUAGUCUCAUUUCUGUUCAUCACGUGUUUAGUGGUUAUUAUAUCAGUAAAAAUAUACAGAUGGAGACAGUCUCGCAUCCUCUUUCAUUCCAAUCUCCCGGUUAUUCCGUAUUAUCCACCGCGUUACGCAGACACUAUGGGGACAGGAACUCUACAGCACGUGUACAAUUACGAGGUGUGCAGGACGACUGACUCCAGAAAGAGUGACUGUCAGUUCGCCAGACCCUGUAGUCAGAACGUGCUGAUAAUGGACCCCAGUUCUACAGGGACGAUGCAGCGGAUGCAGAGUGAAAAUAAUAUCAUGGAUGAAUCAGACUCGCCGCUAGAGGUGAGUCUAUUGGAGUUUACAUGUUAG